AUGCGCAGACCCACCCCGACGCUCAGCAUCACACGUGUUUGCUUUGGCUCCCCCCUGCCUUUCCCACCACUUGGCACACUGACAGCCACCCACCCCUCAACCCCAGCCCUCCGCCUCUCCGGAGGCUGCCUCAGAUCCUGCUCUCAGGUGCAGUGUGGUCCCAGGGCUGACACCGGCCUUGCGCCGCAAGCACAGGCACUGUCACUCGCCAGUGGAGCCUGUCACACUGGCCAUCCGCCACCUCGACCCCGCGCUGGGGUCACUGGGCAUUCGGGGUCCCUCCCCGUCGCCUCCCCCCGCCAUCCUGGCCGCAGCCCGCCCGUCCCGGUGCCUCGGCGGUCCGCGCUACGGCGGCCCUCCGCCGGGCAGCCGCCGGCCGAACGCCCGGCCAAGGGAAGCCCAAAGGCGGGCUGGGAUUGGAGCGGGGCAGAUGACCGCGCUCAAACUGCCGAGAGGCGGGAGGAGAGGGCCGAGCCCACCGGGAUUCAUCUCCAGCAGCAGGAAAGUGUGGCCAGCAUCGCCAAUUUUCUACGGGGCUCCCCUCAGCCCUGCCGCGCGCUCCCGUCGGGCCGGGCCGAGCGGGACCGCGGCCGUCGUAGAGCCGAUGCCCCGCGCCGCCCGUCGGCACGACCGGAGCCCCCGGGCUUCGGGCACCCCGCCACCGAGCUCCUCUGCCGGGACAGCCGUGCGCCCAGCACUGUCAGCGCCGGGAACCGGCCGUCAUCGUUCAUCACCUGGGCAGCCGGUGCAGCCCGUGCUUGGCGCCCCUGCCCUCACCCCGAACGGCGGCGCUCACCCGGGCGGGGGCUGCGGUGCCCGGCCGCCGCCUCCCCUCGCCCGGCGGCAGCUGUCGGGGCGUGCCCGGCCCGCGGCGGGGGCUCAGCGCGGGCGGCCCGAGCGCCAGGCAGGCAGGAGCUCCCUCGGGGCACCCGCGGUGCCGACCGCCAGCGCGGGGACACCUCUGGGGCCCGGCUGCGAGGAACCGGAGCCCGGCGCAGUGCCUGCCCGCCGCGGCACGACAGCGCGCCCGGCGCUCCUGCCCCGCAGCCACCUGGACGGGGCGCAGGGAACCGCUCUCCCCAGGCGCAGGACGCAUCCCCUCGGCCCUCCCCGCCGCCAGCGGGAGGAGAAGCGGCCGCCGCGCUGGUGCCCACCCAGGCGGGGCCGCCGCCGUGCCGCUGGCAGCAGAUUUUGUUGAGCGCGGCGGGGUCCCCGCGCAGGCAGGGCGGGCGCUGCCCCGCGGCGGGGAUGGAGCGGACACCGCCGCCACCGUUGCAGAUAUUGGCGGAAAAUAUGUUUGUGCUGCCGCUGCCAGCAGGGCACCCGAAAAGCCGGAGAUUCUGUUUUGCUCCUCUACCUUCCCGGAGAUCAGACCUCCACGCCGUCCGCUGCCACUCCAGGUGCUGCAUUACCGGGUCCAGGUGUCGGUGGGAAUCCUCAUCGAACUACCGCAGCCUUCCUAUUUCCGUUCAAAAUUAG